CCCUAUAAAAGGGAUAACAUUGCUUCUCUCAACAUUCCUUCUGAUUUACUUAUUGAGCCACCUAAUCAAAUCAGAGGCCCCGUUCCGAAGAUGUCGAAGCUAGAGACCGCGAUGGUCAUGAUCAUGGAUGUCUUUGACAAAUAUGCAUGCACUGAAGGCAACAAAACGACCCUUACCAAAGGUGAAAUGAAAACCCUUGUAGAGAAAGAACUGCCCGGAAUACUUUCGACUGCAAAGGAAAAGGAUGCUUCAGACGAACUCUUAAAGGAUCUGGAUGAAAAUGGUGAUUCUGAAGUGGAUUUUCAGGAGUUUGCCAUCUUCGUGGUUGCCCUAUGCACCAUUGGACAUGCAAGAUUUGCAAAUGUACCUCCAAAGAAGUGAUUUACAGCCAAUAACUAUGGACAUUAUUCACAAUAAAGCUCUUUAAUCUAUACUAACACACA